UAUGCGUUUGGAUUUCAUCGUGAUUUCAUCAUGAACUGUUGCCUGUUAUUUAAAUCUGCAAUUUGUUAUAUUCAGAGGUAUUUCACCAAAUCGAGCUGCAUGUUCAGUUGUUAUCCUUGUACUCUUGGAUUUCUUUAUUAUUUCCAAGAUCUACUAUGGCGACCUACCGCAGUUCUAAAGGAAAAUUACAUCACUCACACUGUGACCUAAUAAAAUAACCUUAGUUGGAACUUGGAACAUUUUUUUUUUUUCAAUUGAGUUAAUGCUGUUCAAUUUAACAUCUAUGGAAAAAGAAAUUUUCAAAGAUGCUGUUGUUAUUGGUAAUGGACCAUCUGGCAUAACUUUGUCAUACAUUUUAAGUGGUAACUGGCCAUAUUAUAAUGGACUACCACACCCUAUUGACUUUUUGCAGUAUCGACUUGAAAAUAACGAUAAAUCUCUUGUGCAACAGGAUCUAGCUAGUCUUUCAGAAGGUCUUGAAGGUCGAUCUCUUAACCCUGUGUCUGUGUUAUUUGAUACUUUAGUUCGUCCGCAGGCGGAUGUAGGAAUUGAGAAUGCAUCUGUGAUAUCAUGGAAGUUUAAUCCUGACAAUGCUGUUAAUCAUGUUGUUAUUGGUAAAGGUAUUCCUGGUGGAUCUUGGCAGAAAAUGGACGGUUCUACUUUAACUAUAAGCCUUGGAUCAUGGAUGGAACUUCCAAAUCUUAGUAUAAGGGAGUGGGAUGACCACAGAAUUAGGUUACAUUCCAUGCAGUCAGGCUUGCGGCAGAAACGUGCUACAGUUGAAACAGUUGCUGAAUAUUAUGCAUCUUAUGUAAAAUCUCAAGGAUUACAUUCAUAUUUUUUAAAUAAUUCUGUUGUGACAUCAGUUUCUCCUGUUAGUGAGGAAGUAGCUCUUAAUCUAGGUUAUAAAACUCUCUGGCAAGUUUCUGGAUUAAUAAAGAAUAAAUCAUCUAUACCUGAACAGACAUUUAGAUACAUUACUCCUCAUGUUGUAUUAGCAACUGGAAAUUCAGACAGACCAAAUAAAUUGAAUGUUGAUGGUGAAGAUUUGCCAUUUGUUCUGCAUUCUUUAGCAGAUUUGGAAUAUAUGAUGUAUAAAAAGAGACUUUCACCUAAUUCUGAUCAGUUGCUUAUUGUGGGAGCUGGACUUAGUGCUGCAGAUGCUGUGAUUACUGCUCGUUUCUAUGGCAUUCCGACUGUUCAUGUAUUUCGACGUUCUGUCAAUGAUCCUGAUCUUAUAUUUAACAAACUUCCUCAAGAUAUAUAUCCGGAAUAUCACAAAGUUCAUCAAAUGAUGAAAGACUCAAAUCGUGUUUAUUACGAAGGCUACAAGGCAUUUCCUUGCUCAAAGAUACAUUCAAUCAAACCUGAUGGUACAGUCAUUAUUACAUCUUUUGAAAACAAUAAUGUCAUUUCAGUUUGCAAAGUUUCCCAUGUUCUUGUUCUUAUUGGUAGACAUCCUGAUUUAUCUUUCUUGCCUAAUAAAGAUUUAAAACUUGGUAUUGAUGCAGAAAAACCUGUGGAUUGUAAAAGAAAUCCUAUUAAUAUAGACCUUUACAGCCAUGAAAGUACCUAUUAUCCAGGAAUAUAUGCUGUUGGGCCUUUAGUUGGAGAUAAUUUUGUGAGAUUCGUUCAAGGUGAUUGUCUUGCUGCAGCUAGUCAUAUUAUUAGUAAUGUCUUGAAAUUUUCGUCUUAAUUUAACCUGACCUAAGUCUCCAUAAAUUUUAAAUACUCAUUUAUUUUAUGUAUUUAUAAUUAAUUGAAAAUUCUCUUUUUUAAAUAUGCUCAUUUUAUAUUUGAGAUAUUAAGCAACUCAUAUAAUUCUUUCUGUUUAAAAUGAAUUUUUUCACUCAUUUCUAAAAUAUAGUUGUAUGCUUUUGAACUGAGAUUUUUUGUUGUAAUACUCCAUAUAAAAUUACAAUUUUGCAAGUAUGCAUAUGUUAUCAAAUACGACUAUUCUCAUGUUGAAUUAUGUCUAACAGAAAAUUCUGCUUAUCUCUUAGUCGAAUCUUUAUUUCAAAUAUCAAAAUUGACAUUCAAUUUAUUGUAUCAUUUGAAGCUACAAAACUAUGUUCCUAUUCACUUCAAUUGGCAUAGUCCUGCAAGCAUACAUGAUUUCAGUUUGUUUUUGAGAUAAUGGAGUAAGAACUUAUGGUUAAUAGGAAUGAUUUUUUUCCUGGCUAAAGACAAUGUGCAGAACUUGGCCUUCCUAAAAUGUGAUCUGCUAUAAAAGGGUUAUUACAGAAAUCUCUGUCUGUGUGUAAUAUAUAUAUAUACACACAGAGCUUAUAUUUUUAAUGCAAGACUUUUUUUUGAAUCGUAAAACUGAAGACUGGCCGUGUAUUUAUUGUGUAAAAAAAAUAUCGCAUUUUGUGAGAGCUAAGUUUCGCACUUUCCUUUAUUAGAAAAAAAAAGUAAUUCAUAUCAGGAUUUUAUGCCUUGUGAUAUAUUAUAUUCCUGCUUGGUUUUUUUUUUUUUUUUUUUUUUUUUUUUUUUUUUUUUUCCUUAUCAAUAUGGAAAUUAUCUUGAAUAGUUGCAUUGAAGGGUCCAAAAGUAAAGUUUAGUUUGAAAAAUAUAGUAGAUUGGUGAAUUGUAAAUAAUUGUUAUAAAGUGUAUUCUUAAGGGGGAGAUGUGCCUUUUUUCUAGCAUUCCUUACUUUUCUCGACAGUAGCUGUAAAUUAUGUGUUCUUGUUUAUUUUAAUUUUAUAGCUGCUGAUCAUUGGCAUAGUUUAUAAAUAAUAAUUCAAUUAAUUUCAGUUAUAUACUUAAGAAAUAUAACAUUCUUCAAUUUUUCUGAUGUAUUAAGUGCUUUCUUGUAACUAUGGUGAAAGUGCCAAUUAUUUUCCGUUGUGUUUAAUAAAUUUUAUGCCAGUUAAAAUUUUAUAUUUUGUAUAUUAGGAUGUGAAAAAGAGCAAUAAUUAUUAUGCAUAUCACUUGAUUUUUUGGUGAUAGUUCACUUGUCUAGCGAGAUAAUUUUAUUAUAUGUGAAUUUUUCACAUAAUUGUUAUGAAAAGUUUUUUGAAAUGUAUUUUUUUGUGAUAUGUAUAAAACUUGUUGAGUUUCUACAUUGAUAAGCUUGGUGAAAUGUGUAAAGAAAAAGGAUUUAGAAAGGUUUCUGUUUUAAAAUUUUUCCUUUAAGAACAUAUUAUUGAAAACUGAAAGAUUCUGAAUGAUGGAAGUGUGUAAAUAGAAAAUUGUUGAAAUUCACAUGUUCAUGAAUAGCAUCCUUACUUAAAUAUUCUUUCAAUUGAAAAUUGUGAUGAGUGUUUUAAACUGCGACCAAAAUUUUCCAACAUAAUGCUAUAUCUUCAUUUCGAAACUUUUCUUUGGAUGGUGCAUGACUAGUGUUUUAUUAAUUAGGGCUCAUUUCCUUGCUUUAGAUAUCUUUAAUGAAUUUGUUUCAGGUAGUGCCAGAAAAAUAAAACCCUCAUAUAAUUGAAUGAACUUUACAACUGUUCAAUUUUUAAUAAAGUUAAUGUCAAUCAUCAGAUAUUAACUUAAUAUUUGAUGAUUGAUAUUAACUGGAAAAUCAUUAAGAGAUUUUCAAAUUCUUCAAAGAUAAAGAAGCAAUUUACUGUAGUAAAUUCUUUUUUGUUUUCUCCUUCUUUUGGAAUGUUUUACCAUAUUUAAAAAUUUAGCUGAUAUUUUUGUUGAAUCUUAGAAAUAUUUCAGAAUCAACAGAAACACGAUGAAUAUGCCAGUCUGAUUUAACUGUUGAUUUCAACAAACGACUUUUAUCAUUCGAAAAAUAGUUAAAAAUCGCAAUUAAUUUUACACUAUAUCUAAUUAGAGGUUGAAUAAUGGGCAUUUCUAAGUAGGUAGAACUCAUUUCACAUUUUUUACUUCAGUAGUAUGAGAAAAAUUAACUAAUUUGUGCUAAAUUAACUUUCAGCUUUAAAAAUUCAAUGGUUGAAAUAGCAGAUUGGUAAAUCUCUUGCUACCCCCUCCCCCCUCCCUUAAAUGCUGUAUUAUUAUAUAAAAAAGAAAAACGAAAAGAUAGAUUGAACUCAAAAAAUAAAUUUUAAAAAAUGCUAUUGCAUUUUUAUGAUUAAGGGUGUCACAAACUCCUCCCAUCUUGGCCUUAGGAAUCCGACAGCAGCGCCGCUGUAUGUAUUCCAACCAGCUGAUACCAAGACCUUCUACUGAAAGCUCCAACACAUGGUCUUCGGGGUAGAUUGUAAUCUGCAAUUUAAGAUGCCUUUAAUGCUAAGUGUUAUUUGUGUUUAUUUAUUUGCGUGAACUGAGAAUAAAUAUUUCGUCUCAAAGAAUGUGGAUUAUUUGUGCAAAAUUGAUAUUAUUACUCAUCUAUAGUGGCGGUCCUGGAAUAUAAGGUAAGCCUAAUUAUCUUAUUUGAAUCAGAUUUUUUCUUCAUUUUUUGCUGAUAAAUGAGAAAGGGAUAUAUGCUUUUAAGCUCCCUCCCAAAUCCCGAAUUAAAUGUCCACUUCUUAAUAAUUGUUGUUUCUGAUGGCACUUGUCAUGGACAAACCCGCUGAUUCGAAGUCAGCGAUUUAAGCCGAGAGGUAGCGUCUCUUGUUUUAGUAGCGCCAACUAGAGCCAAGAGUACGAUUUUGCUACUCACGCAUCACAUUCGCUUGCACAGCCUCUUUUUACAGGGGGGCACAUUCACACAUCUCACAAAGAGAAAAGAUGAAGAACAACCAGGCCCGAACCGGGACUCGAACACAGGACGCCCAGAUCACGGGGAAGACGCGCUACUCCUUUGCCAGGACGCCGGUUAGUAAUUAUUAAACAUCAUUAAUAGAUCGUAUUUUUUUUUUUUUUUUUUUUUUUUUAUAAAAUACCUGAAUUCCGAUUUUUCUUUUGCGUAUCUGUCCUGCACUUUUUCUUUUUUUUUUUUUUUUAACAAAUUUGACUUGUUAUUUUAGACUUCUUGCUUUUAACGUCAGAAAUAUUUACAAAUUUUAUUUAUUAAUUGCUAAACACUUUAUGCUUCUGUCAGCGGAAAGAUUUGCAAUUAAGAAAUAUAGUUUCAAUUGUUUGACUAAAUUUAGGCCUUUCUAGUGUAGAGUGCAUAACCAUUUUCACUUGUUCUAUAGUGUCCUGAAUUAUUUGACAUAUUCCAAAUCUCAUUUCCACCAAAUAUCUUUCAUUUUUUCCUGUUUCACCUCGACUACAGCUUAUUACGCUCCUUACUAUUGAGAAAUUUUUCUGAUUCUUUAGAGGUGUUAUUAAAAUUCCAUAUUAUCCCGUUAUUUAUAUUUGAGAGUUUUAUGAAGAAAAAUAUUUUGAUGAAAAGUAAUGUUGAACUUGAGCAUUCUAGAAGAAACAGCGAAUUGCGGUCCUUCCCUUUUUUUUCUGAUUCUGUUUUCAUUGAAAUUAUCGUUCUUGUUGCAACAGUGAAAUCCAGAAGAGUUUUCCAGCCAUUGGCUGAAUGGCGUCUUACAAUAAAUUCUGUGCAUGGAUCAUUUGCAGGGUUCGUAACUUCUAGACGAUCUUCCCAGUGCUGAUACUUGUAGCUUGUCAUUAUUCCAUAACCUUAAUACCACUAUUUGAGACACUCACUGAGCGACAUCCGCUUGAAACUGACCAGUAACAAGCCUACUGAUCUUAUUUCAGCAUCUAUACGAUUUAGUUAACUAUUUUUUGGUAAUCAAUCAAUCGUAAGAAUUUUCUGCUAAAAACUAUACUUCUGUAGACGAAAAUACUAAUUAAAAAUAAUCGGCCAGUUUCAUAUUUCUUUUAAAAAAUGAAAGUUUAAGCUUUUAAAAGUCACUUUAUGACUUUAAUUCUUACUUGCUGCAAUCGUACAUUAUACAUAAAUUUGUAAUAUAUUAUUGGCAACUAUUUUUAAAUAACUUCAAAGAGUACAUUUGUUCCUCAACUUGUAGACACCAGUGUAUCAUGCUUAUGUCAGACUCGUGGAAAGCUUCAGAAAUUAUGUUAUACAAAUAUUUGUUUCCAGAUGUAAUUUAUCGUUACUUAUAUCUUUUUAGGUUCUUAAAUACUUCUUAAACCUAUAUACUUAAAAAAUUAGUUGAACAAAUGUAAUCUUUAAUGGAAAGAAGUGUUACUAGUUUUUCGUGAAAAAUCAAGUUUGAAGCAGGUGCUAUUGUUGAAAAAUAGAGUACUUUUUAUAAGAUUUUGUACAUUUUUGGAUUUGUUAAUCAGCUAAUUCACUGAUUGCGAAUCAUUUUAAUGUACAUUUGACCUUCUCAAAAUCCGUGCUUCCACAAUAUAUUAUACUAUUCCUUCGACUUAUAUUCUUCAUUGUUCAAUAUUAGACUUAAAACUUAACUGCUUUUUUUUAAUUUAUGGAAAAAUUAAACAUUAGUUAAUAGUAUGGCAAUGUAGUAAUUUCUUACUACUAGAAUAAAAUCCUUCUUUUUAUUGUUUAGCUGAUGAAGGGAAUAAUGCUUAUAUAAAUAAAAUUUUGAACCAAAAUCAUUCCGAUGAAGUGUUUUUUUUUAAAUGUUAUUAUGAUUACGAUCUAUCUCUAAAUAAGGUCACGAUAAAUACCAUAUUCUUCAAUAUUAAUAUUUUUAUUGUCAAUGUAUGUCAUUAACAGUUACCAAAUAAGAAUGUUAAUUUAUCUUGUACAGUUCAUCUGCCGUGUAGUUAGGAUUGCGAAAAUUAAAAAUAAAAAAAUAAGAUUAUUAAUGUUAUUAAAUAUUAACUAAGUAAUUAUUAAUAGAGCGGGAUACUUAAUAAGUACUUUAUUCCAUUUAUAAAUACCAUGUAAAUAGACGUAUCUGAUUUAAGGAAAAUCUUCAAAUGCGUUUGCAACAAAGAUAAACAGAGUUAUUGAGAAUUCUUUAUAUAUUCAUGGAACCAUCGUAUUAUAAAAGAAUAAGUCAGGGAAGCAACUUUUUUUACUUGCAUACUUUUGUAUCUGUAAGGAAAAGCGCAUUAAGAAACAGUAAGAUAUAUUUUGAAAUAACGUAUAUAUCCAAAAUAAAAGUGGGGAUUUUGUACUUAUUAUGUUUUAGAAUUUAAACAACGAAGUAAGCAGUUUUUAUGGAAAUCUGAGUAUCUAUGAGUACUGAAUGCUUCAAAUUGCUUUUCAAAAAUAUGUUUAGUAUGAAGUAGACUAAUGUGAUCUAUUGUUUCAACAUGUCAUUUUGGGGCGUCGAUAUUCCAGGUUUUAAGAUAGAAUGCAUACAUGUAUUGCAUGCAUGGCUUCUAAAAAUCAAUUUAAAAUAUGUUUCUUGAUAUACCAUCGAAAAGUUAUUUGCACUUUUAGCUGUUUUAUUUGAUUCUUUCUUUAUUACACAUUUAAAAAAUGUUUUCUUUGUUUCUAGGGAUCAAACAUUGUCUCAUUUUAUAUUGAUGUCUCCAUAAAUUUGUUGUUCUAAAAGGAAACUUAGUUUAAAUUAGUAAAUAUUUUAUAUAUAUAUCGAUGUUUAAAUUGUUAAUAGAUUUACUCCGAUGUUUUGAUCAUAUAUAAAUAAAGUUACAGACAAUUUUCAAAACCUUAAAAGUCCAUUUAGUGUAUUAUUAAAUUUUGUUUACGUAAAUGCUUUCUAUGGUGAUAAAAUUGUCACGCGAAUAAUUUAAAUUAGUGUUUUUCAUUGUCUUUGUAAAAUUCUGAUGUGGUGCUUUUAUCAUAAUAGUGAUAUUUUAGAUGUUAGUAAUGCCUUAUACUGUGUAGAAGCUUAGAAAAUGACUUUCGCAUCUUAAAAAAAUUGUGGUGAUUAGUUUUUAAGAAUAUCUUUUACUAUUUUUUAAACAUAAUUUUUCUUCUUCUGGUUUCUUCCUUUACGUUUCAAAAUACUUUCGCCCGCAUGAUACUUUACUAUUAAGGUCAUUGCGGAAAAGAUUACAUUCUCAAAAUGGCUGAAAUAAAUAGUCAUAUUUAUGAAUUUACUUUCCAUUGCAUUUUCUUCUCAAUGAUCUGAUUUUUACAGUAUUAGAAAUAAAAAAAAUAUUUUACAUUC